GCAUAAACAAUAAAUGUUAGAAUGUAUCCAUGUAAAAUUUUGAAUAAAGUGCUUACACGAUUAGAUGUGACAGGUGGUGGGGACGGGGGCUUUCGAUUAAAGCAGUUGUGCAAAGAUAUUGAACAGAGUAAAUCGCCGUUUACGAAUCGUCUUUCGUCUUUGCGUGCAGUUAGCUCCUACAAUAAAAAAAUGUCGAAAUAUACAAUUGUUAUGGUACGUCAUGGAGAGAGCGAAUGGAAUAAAUUGAAUCUAUUUUGCGGAUGGUAUGACGCCGAUUUAUCCGACAAGGGUAAAACUGAAGCACUUUCAGCUGGAAAAGCAAUCAAACAGGCAGGCCUUAAGUUUGAUAUCGCUCAUACAUCAUUGUUGACAAGAGCUCAAGAAACUUUAAAAUCAAUUCUUAAAGAAAGUGGUCAAGAAAACAUUCCUGUUCAAAAGACAUGGCGUUUAAAUGAACGUCAUUAUGGAGGACUGACUGGUAUGAAUAAAGCAGAAACUGCUGCUAAGUAUGGUGAAGAACAAGUUCAAAUUUGGAGAAGAUCUUUUGAUGUACCUCCUCCACCAAUGGAAUCAGACCACAAGUAUUAUGAAACAAUAGUAAAAGACCCAAGAUAUGCAGAUGGACCAAAACCAGAAGAAUUCCCUAAAUUUGAAUCUUUAAAAUUGACAAUUGAGAGGACAUUGCCAUAUUGGAAUGAUACUAUUAUUCCACAAUUGAAGGAAGGGAAAAGGAUUAUCAUUGCUGCUCAUGGAAAUAGUUUACGUGGCAUAGUUAAACACUUAGAUCAAAUGAGCAAUGAUCAAAUCAUGGGAUUAAAUUUACCAACUGGUAUUCCAUUUGUCUAUGAAUUAGAUGAAAACUUCAAGCCUGUUGUAUCUAUGAAAUUCUUAGGUGACGAAGAAACUGUAAAAGCUGCAAUGGCUGCAGUUGCUGCACAAGGGAAAGCUAAGUAAAAUUAAAGAAAUUCAUUACAAAAUUUGUAUUAUUAUAAACAAACAGAAGAUGUUAAUUUUUAGUUUUGGCAUUGUUGAAGAAUUAUUUUAUUAUUGGAAGAUACAUUUAAAUAAAAAUGUUUACAACAGAAGAAAAAUAGAAAAAUAACAUAAGUUUUCACUAAUAUUACAAGUUUCUAUGUGUUGUAAUUUAUUCAAACAAAUAUUUAUUGAAAAUAAUUAUAAAAUUACAAAUAUAAAAUUAUUAAAAGAUA